AUGAGGUUCACGUAUCAACAGUUAGAAGUGGCAACCGAGCAAUUCAAAGACAAGCUUGGGGAAGGAGGAUUUGGGUCAGUUUUUGAGGGACUGCUAGGUGAGGAUGCAGAGAAAUCCCACAGGCUCUUGGUUUAUGAGUAUAUGCCAAAAGGAUCCUUGGACAAGUGGAUCUAUUGUCAACAUCGCAACACUGCUCCUCCUUUAGAAUGGAGAUUGCGAUUCAAGAUUAUCACUAACAUAGCUAAGGGUCUCGCUUAUCUUCAUGAGGAAUGCAUGAAGAGAAUUGCUCAUUUGGAUGUCAAACCACAAAAUAUCCUCAUAGAUGAGGACUUCAAUGCUAAACUCUCUGAUUUUGGUCUGUGUAAGCUCAUUGAUAGGGACAUGAGCCAAGUUGUUACUAGAAUGAGAGGCACACCUGGAUAUUUAGCUCCUGAAUGGUUGACAUCACAAAUUACAGAGAAGGCUGAUGUAUAUAGCUUUGGCGUGGUGGUCAUGGAAAUCGUGAGUGGAAGAAAGAAUCUCGACACUUCCCGUUCUGAAGAGUGCAUCCAUCUUAUUACUCUAUUGGAAGAAAAGGUGAAGAACGGUCACUUGGUAGAUUUGAUUGACAAGAACAGUAAUGAAAUGCAAGCACACGAGCAGGAUGUAAUUCAGAUGAUGAAGCUAGCAAUGUGGUGUUUGCAGAUCGAUUGCAAAAAAAGGCCUAAAAUGUCCGAGGUAGUCAAGGUCUUGGAAGGUACCAUGGAUGCAGAGAGCAAUAUAGAUCACAACUUUCUUGCAACAAACCAAGCAAAUUUUCGCAUUGCUUGUAAUGUGACCUCCUCGGCUCCACCUCUAGCCUCACAUCUAUCAGGCCCCAGGUGA